AAAUGUAUCAAUUUACCAAAAGGUACACGCCUUACAACUAAACAAGUUGAUAAUGAAAUACAAAUAUGUAUUGAAGAUCUUCAUAAUGCCAGAAAAUUUGUCAAUUUAAAAGACGUGGAAACAAUACUAUUAAAAAAAUUCCAGGUAAGAAGAUUUCAAGACCUCGAGUUGCCUGUGAAUAACUUUUAUAAAAUGGAAUCGGCAGUUAAACAUAGUCGUGCUCUCUGUAAAGUGGAUUUGUUUAUAGAAACAUUUCUGAGAGGCCAUUCUACUUGCACCCUGUAUGAAAUAAUGGAAUUGUGUGGUCAGUUGAACCAAGAUCAGGAGAGCUUUGAAAGUUUGAAGCUUGGGCCAAUACAGAGUCUGCCAGUAAUUUGGAAACAUUUCCAGUUCCCACAAGAUGAGCAUGUUCCAGACAUAACAACUGCUGAUGUGAUGGAGCAUUUAUACAAUUAUUUGGAUGAAAAACAACUGUGGACAGAGAGAACCAACAUUGAUGACUUCAUCCUGUACCUUGCUAAUAAAUAUGCUGUCUCAAGUCCAUUUUCAUUAGGUGUCAAAAUUGGAAGUUUACCUUUGGCUAUACAGUCUCUGAAGAAGUCAAAUCGUGACAUGUCAACACUGAGGAAAAAACUUGUAGAGCAACUCAGAGAUGUCUUCUGUCAAGACAUUGAAGAUGCCUUUCGAUGUUUUCAAGAUAGCAUUUUGCAGGUAGUUCUCCAUGAUCCUUUAGCCCGCUUGCUUUAUCACUUGUCAGUGUGUUUAUCUGAUCUUCAAGUACAAGAGAAGGCACUUGAGUAUUUUCAAAAGUUGAAUGAACAAGAUCAGGACAAUGGACACACACAGAACAAGAAAGUACCACCAUCCAGAGUUCUUCUUGUACAAAAAGUGGCACAGCAUUUGACCUCCUACCUUCAAAAUGGCUCCUUAAAUUUAACACACCUGCGGAAGAUUGAGUCAGAUAUUCUUGAUGAAUUUGAUUUCCAAUCAUUUCCUGAGAUGGACAGUCGCACUUUUCUAGACGUUAUUGUGUUCGAGGAAAAAAUCAAAAAGAUUUUUGAUGACUGCGGUGGAACAGCACUUGGAUCAACUUCAGGGAGCCACGAAACACCUGCACACUUCAGGCCCAGCUUAAAACAUCUGUUAGACUUUAUAGGCCAGGCCCAGUCUGCAGGUGCCACCAAGAUUGAACAAAAAGAAAACUGCAUAUGCCAGCAUUAUCAAGUGAGUGACAUUCGACAUUUGGGUCAUGGCAACAUUGCACGACUCUGCCAGGCUGCUGAGAAGUCUGAAAAAAACUUAUCUAAAGAACACAAUGUUUGUUUUGAAUCAGCAUUGUGUGCAAAAGCCAGCACAGAGACACAGAGUAAAGUUGGCAUUAGAGGAACUAUAAAAAAAGAGGCGGCGCUGGCAUGUUUGACCACAUGUCCACUCCUGGAGGAUAUGGCUGAGUGGAGCCACUGGUCACUGGUGUUCCAGCCACAACUGGGCUGCUUGAGACACUUUAUAGAAAAACAUGGAGGAAGACAGAGUUUAACUCUGGAAGGUGGACACAAGAUGGCCACAUCAGAUUUCAAGGCCUUGGAGGUGGCACCUGGUAAAUUUCUAAAAAUAUCUUCCUCUGAUGGCAGUCUAAAAGAUCUAAAAUCAGCAGUGGAGACUGGUGAUGCCCUGACCACUGCUGGUCAGCUGGUCUCAUUAAUUGUGGCCAACAAAGGGUUAAAGAAUACACAGCUGGCUUUGGUGUCUGAACAGAUCAAGACAAAGCUGAUCCUAUUGCAUGCACAAAGCUCACCUAAACAAGAAAGUCUUGAUUCAGCUGUGCUUUUUAUAACUCAAAUUCUGCUUAAGCUUCCUACCAAAAUUUGUGUGGAAGUUGCCAACCAGGUACUGCUCAAACCAUUGGGUGAUGUUGUUGGCUCAGACAAGUCUAAGAAACUUAUUCAUUUGGCUUGUGAAGCUCCCUGGCAACAGCAGAAACUAGAGUUGCUUGGCUGCUUGUUAGGGUUGCCAGAGUGGACAUCUUCUCUUGACAAUAAAUUGUUAUUUCCACAAAGUUGUGUAGAGGACAUAUCAAAUGAAUUGUUUGCACCAGAAAAACUGCUAGCAGAAAAUGAUGAGGAGAAUGAGAUUACUGAUAGCAGUUAUUCAGAUGAUGAGGACCAAUUAUUAGAUCUCACAUCAGAGACAAAGCCUGCUGUUGAUUUAAAUCUUAAAGCUUCCAAUAGUGCAGAUUUAGACUCCAAUGAAGAUGGGGAUUUGCAGAAUAAAAAAAGUGACGUAAACAAUAAAGAAGAGUUACCUUCAAAUGAAAAUUUAGCCCUGCAGGAAGAUAAAUUGUUGGCCCGUGAAGAAAAAUGCCGGCUGGUUGUUGAGGAAAUCAGACGAGAAGAAUUUGGUGUGGGCGUGGAACUUACUGAGGCUGGAAGUAAACUCAUGAAGACACUGCAGGAUCGCCAAGGCCGAAGCUUGCAGAGACUGUCCAAGGAUCUGUACAGCAAGGAUACCCACUUUGUGCUGGAGCUGAUCCAGAAUGCUGAUGACAACAAAUACCAGGGGGAGGUGACUCCAUCUGUCAAGUUUCUCAUUGACGAGAUAGGGGUAACAGUACUGAACAACGAAGAGGGAUUUGAAGAGCAAAACAUUCGAGCCGUUUGUGAUGUUGGCAAGAGUACAAAAUCCAAGCAUACACUUGGAUACAUAGGUCAAAAAGGCAUUGGCUUCAAGUCUGUGUUUCGUGUGACCAUGAGACCUGAGGUCCACUCUAAUGGUUACCAUAUUUAUUUUGAUGUCAACAGUGGACCAAUGGGCUACAUCCUACCUCACUGGUCAGAUGACAGCAAACAGGGGGACACAGAAUGGCAAACAAAAAUCAUUUUGCCCUGGACUGAAGAAAUCAGGCAACAAAUCCGUACCCAUGCCGCCCGUUUCAAUGACAUAAAGCCCUCACUGUUGCUGUUUCUUCAUCGCCUUAAGAAGAUAACAAUAGAUAAUAAGGUAGAAGGUGCAGAAACUUUCAUGGUGCGCAAGGAUUUACCUAAUGGAGAAAUUCACAUUUCACACAAUCAUGGCACAGACAAGUGGUUUGUGCUGAAGAAAGUUUUGGAUACAUCAGACAUGUCCUUACAGGCUAAAUCAGGUGCGGAAGUUGAGUGUACAGAAAUAGCUCUGGCAUUCCCAUUGAAAAAUACAUCAGCAAUCAAUUCACAGGUAAAAUAUGAGAUGCAGCCAGUGUUUGCUUUUCUACCUCUCAGGUCGUUUGGGUUUAGGUUUAUCAUUCAAGGAGACUUUGAUGUUCCCUCUAGUAGAGAAGACAUUGAUCAAGACAGUGCAUGGAACCAGUGGUUGAGGGAUGAGAUUCAUCUCUUGUUUUUAGAAGCUUUUGAUGCCUUCAAGACCAAGCCAGACAUCCCAGCCCUUGAAGCCUUUGUCAUGUAUCUUCAGUUCAUCCCCCUUGAAGGAGAACUUCUGGAUUUUUUCAAGCCAGUCUCCACACAGAUCUUGAGACAACUCAAAGCAAAGGAAUGUGUCCCUGUGCUUUCUACAGACAGUAAAAGCAUUGUGUGGAAAAUUCCAUCAAAAACAGUGAUCACCCAUGACAAAUUAGUUCUGAGAAUGAUCUCCCCUGAGAGGUUGCAGAAGGAGUUAGACUUGUACUACCUCCACCCUGAUGUGGCCAAAGUUUUGAGUGAGCCACUUCUGCAUGCACUGGGCAUCAACUCAGUAACAGCUAAGCAUCUGCUGCAUCUUGGACAGUCCAUCAGUCAAAAUUUCAAGCAUACAGAUAUUGAGGAAUAUGAACUAUUCAAGAGGAUCAUUCCUUUAUCAAAUGGAGACCUGGUAUCCCUCACACAAACAACAGUUUUUCUCUUGAUCAGUACAGACCAAUCAGGUCCUAGCGAGAAAAAGCAAAAAGCUGACAAAAGCAGAGAUCCUCUAGAGAAGUUAAAGACAGAUCUGAACUUGGUGCACUUUGACCUGGUCAACACCCAGGCGGUCAAGCUACUGCAGAGAAUUGGCAUCAAACAAUUGACCGCUCAUGACCUCAUCCACAGCCACAUCAUGCCUGUGUUGAGAUCAGAUCAAUGGAGAGACAAACAUCCAGACAUCAUAGUCAGUUAUCUGAUCUACAUCAAAAAUGAGUUGGACAAUAAUCCAUCCAUCUUGGACAAGUCGGAGCUGCGGUCAGUUAUAAAGCUGGUCACAAACCAUGGCGUUAAGUCCCCAGUAGAUGUUGACAUUCACUUCUCAACAGCCUAUGGAACUAAAAUUGACUUGUUCCACUUAUUACCUGGCAUAGACUGGGUUCUACUGGACUCGUCCUACCUGCCAAUCCCCCCCACACAGCAUGACAAGGACACCUGGAGAAGUUUUCUCCAAGACUUGGGUGUGGUGGAAUUCCUGAAGGUGAGAGAGGUGGAGCUACAGGUGGAUGAGAUCAAUAUGCAAGAAUUGGCUGACUUGCCAGAUGGGUAUACCAUUCUGGACUUCCAAUGUGAAGAGUUCUACAAUCUUCUCAACAACAACCAGCAGCCUGACACUCUGUAUGAGCAGAUGGGGCAAGUGUUUGAACUGUUGAACAGGGAAUGGGAAUCACAGUAUCAAAACUUUGUCUGUAAAGAGAUAAGAUACAAAAAUGGAAAAGUCCACAAAAAAACUCAAAGCACUUUUGGUAAGCAGUUACAGUCCUUGCCCUGGCUACCAACAUACUCAACCAAAGUCACAUUUGACAAACAAAGUAAACAGCUGGAUUCCCAAGAAUUUCAUAAGCUGCAGUCUCCAGUUCAGCUCUACCUGAAACAGGAUAAUAUACAAAGAUUGCUUGCAGAUACAGUUCAAUACCUUGAUGUGAAGUCACAAAAGGAUACCCCGUUUACAAAAUUCCUAAAUAUCAAGUCCAAUGUAACAGCUGAAAUGGUUAAAGAGAAUUUAAUCUCUUGGUGUACUAGAGAGGACGAUGAUGUCCCAGUCACAUUCUGCACUAGAGUCUGGCACUUUUUUGAAGUGUAUGCUUACCUAGAAGGAAAUCUGAAACCUAAAGAAUCUCAGGACCUCUUCCACACCCACCCUGCCAUUUUUGUCCCCCUGACUGAGUGUGAUGGGGCUGGAGAGUUCUGUGCGGGGUUGAUGAUGAGGAGAGAUGAGGUCUGGUGGUCUGACUAUGAUGGACUCUUCCUCAAGUAUCAGCCCUCACUGGACUUGUACAAGUCUCCACUACGCAAAUUUAGAACACUGGAGAAAAUGUACCAGGAACAAUAUAAAAUGUUAAAAAAGUUGUUCAGGAUCCAGAAAGAACCUAAUGCACUUUAUCUGGCAGAACUUUUGAAACACAUCUGCACCAUUCAUUCACUUUCUGAAGAAGGUGUUUUGGCAGAUAGUUUAAACAUACUUUCAAAAAUUGGAAAUGAUCUAAGCCUUGCUGAUGAUAUUGAAGGAGGUGUGCCGACUCAAUUUGCUCUGGAGGUUAAAGAAAUCUUCCCCCAAGUGAUGGAAAUACUGCAAGAAGCUUCUAUGUUCCCAACUAAGUCAAAUCUCUGGGUCAGUAUGAAGGAUGGACCAAUGAUAGCAGAUGACGCAGAGCUAGCAGAAAUGUUUAAUUCAAAACCCGGGGUCCAUUUUCUGCAUUUGGAUACAAGGGGUUCACACAAGCAUGAGAAAAAGCCAGAUGGAACUAUGGCAGGUAAUGAGUACCUAGAGCACCUGUUCACAUUACUAGAUGUGAAAAAAUUAAGUGACUGUGUCACUGUGGAAGCCGUCACAUUAAUGUUCCUGCCAUACACCAAAGGCCAGACAUACCUCCACACUGUUGUUGGUCUGCUACAGAGCUUUCUGUAUAAGCACUAUCCUGAGGUCUACUGGAGAGUGAAGGAGAAAAAAUCUGGACAGUUGAAGGAGCUGCUGGUGUGUCAGGUUAGUGAACUAAAGAUCAAGUAUUCAUUAUCUGGUCAUGAAGAGGUGAAUGUGGUCAAAGAGAUGGAUUGUUUUGUCAUUGACAAGCAUUUCUACAUUCAAAAAGAUUUUAUCACUGACAUGGAUGUCAUUAACCGUCAGAUUGCCAAAUAUUUUUCUGAUGGAGACAAUAGCUGUUGUAGAGAAAUAGGGCGCUUGCUGCCAACAAAAGCAUCUUUUCUUGACCACCCAUCUGAGGAGUUUUUGGCUGAGAUGUUCAAAAGGAAUGAGUUAGAAGAUUUACCUGCUGAUGAGGAGGCAUGGGUUGUCUCCCUGCCUGUGAUUCCAGUCAGUCCAGUACCUGAGCCUGAGGAGGAGAUGAUGGUGUAUGGAAAAGGUACUGACACAGAGGAUCCAACCACUGUGGUGGAAUGUCAUGAAAGACAAUCCUGGCCUCCAAAGUUAGGUCAAGAGUUUGAUCCCUUGGUUGUUCUAAAAAUAGAUGGCAAUAGAGCUGACAAUAUUUGGCCACCACCAGCUCCCCCUGAAGGCUUUAUCAGCCCACCUCAACCAACCAUCACAUACAGAUCAGGGGAGACAACCACGAAUAUUUCAUCAUCGGCUACUGAAGACAGUGAUGAAAGAUCUACUGAAGAUGUGAAGCAGUUGACUGGAACACAGCCCAGGGAUCAUGGCAGUACCACUGUCUCCAGAUCUAGCUCAGUGCUAGAGGGUCCAUAUAUCCACACUAGGAUACAGGGAGAACAGAUUAACAAAGACAGCCAGGAGUUUCAGGGUUUUGAAUACCCAUUUCAUAUGCCAGUUGAAAGUACAGAAAAAUAUUUUGAUACUUUUGGUCAGACCAGUGGACAGCAUGGUGCCAACCAUGGUGGCAUUAACUUUAAUGAGCCUGUCUGGACAGAGACCAACAAAGAACUCGACUACACUGAGCUCAAGUGUGAGCAGAACCUGAUCACAUCCCUGCAGACGCUGGCAGACGACGCCUCCCUCAUAGAAGUAGGUCAGUGGGGCGAGAAGCUGGUCUGGAACUUCCUGCAGCAGCAGCAGUGUGUAGACCAGACAAUUGUGGAUGUCCAGUGGGCCAACGUGGACUGUGAGAGGGGGCUGCCUUAUGACUUUAAAGUCACUUGUCUGACUGAUGAUCCUAACAAAACUAAAACUAUUUAUAUAGAGGUGAAAACCACCAAACACUGGUCGAAAGAAAACUUUCGUAUCUCCUACAACCAGACAGAGUUGGCCAUCCAGCAGAAGGAAAACUUUGAGAUCUAUCGCGUCUAUGGAGCAGGUAGUUCCAGCUCAAAGCUGAUCAGGAUAGAGAAUGUAGCAGAGAAGAUGCACCAGCAGCAGUUACGGCUGUACCUGGUUGUCUAGUAUUUAAAUCAUUCUAGUCACAUGAUACCUUAUUAUUUUCUAGGCCAUUCGCAAUAUUUUGUGACAACUUUAUUCCAAAGAUUUGAAAUAAUUAUCUAACUCUGUUUUUUAUAUAUUUCAAGAAAAUUAUUUUAACUGUUAGACAUUUGCAAUAUUUUAUGAUAAUUUUUUCCUUUACUUCAGUGUAUGUAAAAUAUUUUGUAUUGUUUGUUGCUUCAACAAACCAAUUAUAAAUAUACCACCAAUUAUUGUCUAAAUUAUUGGAAUUUUAUAUUUGCCUUUUUAAAAACAUUUUGACUUUUUUACUCACCGGUUAUAGAAUUUUUAUAUUAUAUUAAUUUAUUAUCACAUAUGCCAUGUUUUUAAAACCAUGUAUAUGAGGCUAUUUUGAUCUUCUAUAUUGUUUUUAGACAAGGGAGUGCUGAAAAAUUAAUUUUGAUUAACUAAUAUUUGUAUUUAUAAGUUGUUGUUUUUUUCACUUUGAAAUUAUGUAUUUAUUUCAUGAGUGUAAUUUUUCUACAAUAAAUGAAAGUUUGAUCAAGUAGAAGGGUUUAAUGAGAAAAAAAUUUCCAGAAUGCUAAACUUUAUUGCAUAAUUAAUUGGUCUAGCUGCUCGUCAUAAUAAAAUGAAAUAGUUUCCUAAACUAGAUAACUGUGUUCACUGUUGACGCACCUGUGUGGAGUUUUGUAUAGUGACAAAAUCUUUAGGGUAAACUGGAAGCUGUUUUAUUCUUCCUUUUUUUUUCUUUGGUUCCUUCUCUGUGUCUCAACUGUUUAUGUAGAAUAUUUCAGUUGUUUUUUAAUAUAUUUACAGCAUUACUUGUUUUACCUUUGUACAAUUACAACACAAUUUAAUGACACCAAGAGUUAAAACGACUCAGAUAUUUUAACUCUCUACCUUUACAUUUAACCAGUGAUCAUGUCUUUUAUUUUAUUUUUAUUUAUUUAUUAUUUAAACCUCUCACAGUAUUUAUAACAUAAAAUGUAUGGCAUGUAAAUUGUUAUAUGUUUUAAUUCUUUAUGUGUAAUAUACAAAUUUACAUGAAUGUGAUUGUUUUUUUUAAGGAAAUCUCUAACCCUCAGAUAAUUUAAUAUAAAUGUAUUGAUAAUUUUUUUUAUACAUCAAAUAACUUUGAUCUUUAUAAUAUAAUAUAAAUGUUUAUGUUAAGAAACUGAGCACCAUUUAUAUAAAUAUUAAA